UGUGCAUUAUUAGCUCUGCUCUUAAGUGCACUUGCUGGGUAGAGUUUAGCUAACGGGGGUCUAUAGCUCUUUCUGCUCCACUGAAAAGCUAGUUAUAGCUUUUAUGUGUAUACGUGUGUAGUGCCCUUGGUUCGUCUCCUUUUUAAAUGACCUAGCCCAGCUGUGUCCUGUGUUAAAGCGGUGAUCCAGGUGGUAAGCGUGCCUCAGUAAUCCAAGAUGUUAGCUGAUAUGUGUGGUGUGAAUUACUUAUUCGGUAAUUCUGAAACCUGAUUCAUUUGACCCUUGACGUAUAAAAAAAAAAGCAUGUCUUUGUACUGUUAGUUGCUUAAUUUAUUGCUGUUUUUUAUUAACUGUAAUAUUGUUGUGAGCCAUGUUUGUCAUACGCAAUUGAACAAAGUGAGAAGAAAGAGGAAGUCACUGUUUACAGGCUCUUUAGAUUGUUUCCACUGGCUGCUGGAGGGGUUACUCCAAAUGUUGCGUUAAUAACACUGACAGACGUGGUUUUAUGUCAUCUAUUCUGUAUGAGAGAGUUUCAUUUGUGACUGUUUCUAUUUAAGUUGUUUCUCAUGUUUAUGUUUUAUGCUUUACUCUUAUCAUAGCUCUGGUUGUAGAGUGCUUCCUCUCCGUUUACACAGGAAGGGGUUACUUAGCAUGUGAAACGUCAGUGAUGCAACAAUUUGUCAACACAUUUCUACUGACUUUCAGUGUGUUAUGGAGGAUUAUUGUGCUCCUGCUGCGCAUGUUUUCCAUUGUUUUAUUGUUUAAUGUAUCACAGGGAAUGCUCGACCACUUUGACAUAAAAUACAUAAUAGUUUUGUUGUUGUUCAGUGUCAAAAAUUGUAAUUUCAUCCACUGUGAUUCAAUGUUGUAAAUCCAAAGGGGCUGUGUGAUUUAAAUUGGCACAUUCUUCUUGUCUCCACUGUAAUGUACUGAAUUAUGGUGCUUUAUGUCAGUCAACUCUGUAGUGUUUACUUGGUGUCAAAGCAAAACAAAGAUGGGGAAGAGCACUGUCAUUAUGGUUUAUUGUUGCAGCCUGACACUGUGGAAGUGUUAUUAGAAGAAGAAUAUUCAUAGUUCCCUGAGUCACAGAAAGCGUAUUGAAAAAUAAUUGAAUUGGAAGACAUGUAUUAGAAGUCAUAUUAAUCCGACUCAUCAAGUUUUCUAUAGAAAUACAAAACACCAAUAGAAAUAUCGUUUUAAUAAAAGUCUCAAGUGAUGAUUACAGCAAGACAAUAACAACAUACAGGGUCUGAAGUACAAAACUGUCGUUUGUACGCACAUCUUCAAUAUUAUUAUUUAUCAUUUUAUAGUAAUUUUAUUACAAUAAUUAUUAUGAUGCUUCAAAAGCCAAUCUGCUAAAUUCUACAUACAAAUAACACAAAACAUAUGUGUAGACAUGAAAUAUAAACAAAUCAUGCUGGAAAGAAACCCGUUGAUCUUUGCUGAGGAAAAAUAUAACAGUGGACGCAGCAGCGCUGCUGUGCUUCCACUGCCAGGGGAGGUUUGGGAAGUAGCCUAGUUAUGUAAUGCUAGAAUUAUAUAUUAUUAGACACAAGGGUCGAGGUUGAGCGACAUUCGCUUGGACCCAAAUAGUUCAUGUAUUUGUCAUUGACUGUGAGGAGAAAUUUGUACUGAAGCUUAAAUAAAACAGCAUUAUUACACGCGCAAUUGAUAGAUUUGCGUUUUGGGCAGGACAAUUCUAGUUCCUUUUGUGUCAUUGUGAUCCAGAUGUGUGUUGCUGAUGUUUGGUGCAUUGUGCGGUGUGAGUGACGCCACUGUCAUCACUCUGUGAUGCUUAGCUGAUCAGAGCCACAGUAGUCUACUUGUCUACCAAAGAAAGCCUUCUCGGUCCACUGGUUUUUGUGUCGUCCUGUCUGUCUGAACAUGAGAGCUAGGCUGCCACUGGCACAUGGUCUUACACGCCCGCGCACACACACAAACACACACACACUGAAGGGACGCUCUUCCAGAGUGGAUGUAAAUGAAGAGUCAUUCUUGAGCUAUUUAUGGAUUGUUCUUGGGGCUCAGUUGAGCUGGCCAGCCUGCAGACUGCCAGACUCCAUAGAUGCUGGGGAAUAUUCCCCAGACAGCAUGACAGCUCUAUCCUUCCCUGACAAGAUGUCCCCGAUCAAAGCUCUCACCAUGAAGGACUAUGAGAAUCAAAUCACAGCUCUGAAGAAAGAGAACUUUAACCUGAAGCUGCGCAUCUACUUCAUGGAGGAGCGCAUGCAGCAGAAAUGUGACGACUCCACUGAGGACAUUUUCAAAACGAACAUUGAGCUGAAGGUGGAGCUGGAGUCUAUGAAGCGAGACCUGGCAGAGAAACAGGAGCUACUUGUGUCGGCAUCCAAAGCGUUGGAGAGUCUGGCUGGUCGAGAAGCAGGAGAACCUCAGCGCGUGAGAGAGCAAGCUCACAGAGAGAUGGAUGCACUUCGAGAUGCCUUCAACAAGAGAAUAGCUGACGUAGAACAGUCUCUGCGAACAGCAGAGGAAGAGGUUGACAAGAUGGCAGCCAUCGCUGAGCAGGAGAAGCUUAAGAAUAUUAACAUGGAAAAGAAGCUCCAAGCCCUGGGUCCUCCGAGCACCUUUAACCCCGUCCCUGUCCCCAGCCCAGUCCGAGACCUGCAGCAGGCCCUGCAGGAGAAGGACAAUAUCAUUGAGCAGCUCAAGAUCACAUUAAAGAACCAAGAAGCUUUGAUCCAUCAGAGGAAAAAUGCAGAUCAAGAGACAGAUGCAGCAUCAGCGGACUGUGUUAAACAACUAUCUGAUCUCAUUGCCAAGAAAGAUCAGGAACUUGAGGCACUGAGGGACGAGCUCCAUAGAGAGAAGGACAAAACACCGGACGAUCAGAGUGAGGUCAGGCGAGUGGAGACCUGCAAUAAGCAGCUGACUGAAGAGCUCACCCAGAUCAAAAGCACCAAUGAAAACCUAACUAAAACACUGGAGGAAACCCAGAAUCAAAACAAGACCCUGUCAGGGAAGUUGGAGGAAAAGGAGAAUGAACUCAACUCUGAGAAGAAAAAUGCUCUAAAGCGAGACAAAACUAUCCAAGGGCUUACUCAGGUCUUCAAAGAAAAGGAAAAGCAGAUUGCAGAGCUGUGUCGUGAGAUUGAGGACAGGGAUGACGCUUUGGCCAAGGCUAGAGAGGCAGCACAUAAGGCCCAACUGCAGAAAUACCAGGGAGUAGAGGAGCACCAAAAUCUAUUAAUGGCAAAGCAAACAGAGUUUGCCCAACUCCAGGGGGAACAUCAUGCCAAGGGGCUUGAAGCCCAAAAGCUACAGCGGGGCCUGGACAGGAAGGAGCAAGAGCUGGCUGACUUGCAGCAGGCGAAGGACCAGCUAGAGGUCGAACUAGAGGACCUGCAACAGCAGAAGAAGAAAGGAGACAAGGCCCUGAAUGAUCUUAACAAUCAGCUCAAAAAGCUGAGCGGUGAGAUCGGAGACAGGGAGAGUGCUCUAGAGCAGCAGUACCAGGAGCUGCUGGAUCAGACCAAACGGAAACUGCAGACCCACGAGGUCACCAUCCAGCGGCUCACAUCCACUCUGGCUGAUAAAGAGCAGCAGCUACAGGAGUACAUAAACAUGGUCAGAGACUUUGAGCAAAGCAAAAGUCCAGGAGGAAACGACAAUGUGCUUUCCACGCUGCGGCACAGGCUGAAAGAAAAGGAGAACGCUCUGGAGCAAGCGCUGGAUGAGAAGUUUGCUGCCAUUGAGGAGAAAGACAAUGAGAUUCACCAGCUGCAGCUGUCUCUUAGAGAGAAGGAGAGAGACCUGGAAAGGCUCAAUAACUUGCUCUCUCACAACGAGGAAACCGUCAAUAGCUUUGACAGUCUGAUCAAGGAGAAGGAUGUGGAGCUGCAGCAUCUUGCAAACACACUGAAGAACCUACAGAGAGCUAAGCAAGACGUAGAAGAUAACUUGAACAGAUCACUGAGGGAGAAGGACUCCAUCAUUAGCCAGCUACAGCUCUCCCUGGAGGGCAAGACGAAGGAUAUGGAGGAAAUGUCCGAAUCAAUGCUGAGCCAGUCGCAGACUCGCACCCGUGACCUGGCUGAACAGAUGGGCCAGAGGUUAAAGGUCACCGAGGCUAUGCUGGCUGAGACUGUGAAGGCCAGAGAACGGCUGGUUGCUGACAAUGAGAGCGCUGUGGAAGGACUGCUGGCUACAAUCAGCAGCAAGGACCAGCUGAUCAAGGAGUCUGCCGAGCACUACAACCGCAUGCUGUCUGAGCGCACUCAAGAGAUUCAGCAACUGAAGAAGCAGCUGUCUGACAGGCAGCAGCAGCUUGCCGCUGCUGAGAAGCAAAACUCCACGACAGCCCAGGAGGGUUAUUUAGAGACGGCAGAGCUCCGAGCCCUGCUUGCCGAGAAAGAAAGCAUCAUCAAUAAGCUUCUGCAGCAUGGUCAGGAGAGGGACCAGUUUCUGGCAGAGAUGAGGCAGAAAGAGGAGCCCGAUCACGUCUUGGAGCUCAGACAAACUAUCCAAAUCAUGCAGGAGAAAAUAGACGAGAAGGAAGCUGAGCUGUCCCGGAAGAGCAGUGAGGAUAAAGUGGAGAAUAUUCUGCCCUCCAAGAAGACAGUUGUCGUCUUGAAAAAGGAGCUAGCACAGAAAACCGAGGCCCUGAAUAAAGCACUGAAGAGAGAGAAUGAACUGAAGAUUUCUUUGGGAGAGCUACAGUCAUUGCUAUCGGAACUGGAGGGUCGCAAUGAAGGUCAGGCUGCUAAUAUUGAGUCUCUGACUGCCACUCUGAAGACCAAAGAUGAGAUCAUCGAUGUUCUGCACCAGCGCCUCGGUCAGAGAGGGGACAGUCGGGCCGAUCAUACCCAGGACCAGGUCGUUGGCUCUGGCAUGGAGAGAUCACUCCCAGGCCUCCCUCAGAGAGAGACAACCAUAAUCGGCGGAGAUAGCCAGCAAGAAGCGUUGCCCAACCUUGUAGCCUUGCAACAGGAACACGAUGCUCUGAACAAAGCACUGAGAGCCGAACAGCAGCUCUACUCCAGCCUGGUCCGGACUGUAAGGGAGCAGGACAGCGCCCAGCGUCUCCAUGCUCUGCAGCUGGAGCUGACAGCAGUGCAGCUCCUCAGGCAGCAGCUGGAGGACGGCAUCAAAACUAAUGAGGCGCUAAGGGACGACUUGGAGAGAGAGAUGCACAGAGCCAAACUCAGAGAAGGUAUGGACCUGAUUGAUCCUAAAGAACUGCAGAGCAUGAGACAUCAGCUUGAAGAUGCACAGCGCUGGAAUGCCUCUCUGCAGGCUCGCUUAGGAGCCAUUCAGAACCGCGGAGGAGGGGUUGGUGGAGCUAAUGAUGGUGGUGACACUUUGAGUUUCAUCGGAGACCAGACUUCCUACAUGAGUAUCUGUGUAGCAGAGGGGCCGGAUGACAGCUUGUCUCUACUUUCUGCACAGGAGCUCAGGCAGAGGGUGCUGGAGCUGCAGGAUUGUGUCAGCAGACUGCAGACUGUAAACAACGAGCUGCAGAACCGGCUGUCACUAUUGGAGAGGUCGAACCGUGCCGACGAAGACAAAGACGUGGCCAGCAGUAGCCCCUUGAAACAGCAGCUUCAGAAGACGCAGCAGAUGCAGCCUGUGGCUCACAGCAACAGGACGCGUCCCUCUGGUCAGGAUGAAGAGAGCCAGACAGACAUCCAACUAGGACAGAUGGUGUCUGGAAAGCUGUUGAGUGAUAUAAGUAUGGACAGUGGCCUUUGCCAGAGUAGAGAGCAUGCUCAGUCUGGCAACAACACCUUGGACACUGGAGAGAAUGAUUCUAGGCAGAGGAACACGGACGUCAUGGCACUUAAAUCCCUGCUCACUCAUUGUGGGGCCACAUCAGUCCUGCACCUUAGAGACGAAUUGCUCAGUCUUAGAUCAGAAAAUGUGGAACUGCGAGGUCUCCUGAAAGAACAGAAAUCUACUGAGUGUAAAGAGAAAGAGAGCACAGACGCCUCAGGGAACAACAGCGACGGACAGGCUGAAUUGAAAAGGAGUCUGGAAACACUGCAGGCCAAGUCACACGGUCAGCCUACGGCCAUCAAUCUGUCAAAGGAAAAUGGAGAGAAGACCUCUGUGGAGGUGACAGAUGGGGAGACCCCUGGCACCUCUGAGAUGAUUGACACAGAGGGGAUGGAGAGUCCACAAACUAAAGGCCAGUCACACAGCAAGAGUACAAAGCAGCAUGUUACAAGGCAUGGGGAUGGUGCCAAAUCUCGCCUCCCAGUCCCUGUGAGGCUGAGGGUGGAGGCUAGCGGCAGCACGCAGCUUGUGAGCUCUGAUCAUCUCAAAACUGAUGCACUUCAGCACCUUCAUUUGGACGGUGUAUAUACGUCAGACCAGCAACUGCAUGAAGACUCCACCACGUCACCCCAGCUCAGCACUUCCCCUUCUUCCACCCCCACAUAUGCACAUCGUACCGGCAGUCCAGUAGAGUCGGACAAGGGCUCUGAAGCAGGAACAACGCUGUAUCACAACCAGGCCAACUCUGCCCUCUUCACUCAGCUGGAGCUUCUCCACCAGGAGUGUCAGGAGAAAGAGACCUUGAUCAACAAACUAAGUGAGCAGCUAGCUGAUUGGGAAGAGCUCCACGCUCAGCUCCAGGAAAAGGACCGGCUCAAUCGCCAGUACGUGGAGGCCUUACAGGCUGCAGAAUCCACCAUCGCUUACUUGACUGCCUGCAGUCUGGACAGCCAGGGGCGAUUUGGGUCGCACACCAGUCCAUGUACAGGUUCUGCCUUAGUGGGUUCCGAUUCUGCCAUUUACAGCCGAUGCAUGGAGCUGCAAAACGCCCUACAGGAGAAGGAGGAGUGCAACAACCAGCUUAUAGAGCUUCUGAACAUGGCAGAGAAAGCACUCUCCUCCACUGACAGCCAAGAAAGGAUUCCAGGAAUCAGUGAUUUACGUUUGAAGAUAGAGACAGCCGUGCAGCAGGUGAACGCAUCUUCAAAUAGACAGAGCCCGAGAGGUGGUUGUGGAGACACAGAGGACUCGAUGCAGGAGUUGCAACGACGCACAGACUCUUUGCAGGAGGCACUGUGGCAGCAGAAUAGGCUUAAUGCAGAGCUGCAGGAAAAACUGAGGGCUGCAGAUGCCGCUGCUCGACAUAGCUACAACAUUAACCAGGAUGGUGAAUGUUCGAGGCAGAUAGCAGCAGAAUUACUCAAGGAAUCUAAGGAACAUCAAUGGGGAAAGGGUGGUUACGAUAAUGUCAAUUUAAAUCAGGAGAUGAUCAAAGCUCUGAACUGCCUCGGUGCAGCAGAGUCUGCUGUGGCCUCUCUGGCAGCACACUGUACAAAUACCAGCUCCUUGGCUUCUGGUAGAUCCUCACAGACCAGUCCUGAGUUUCAGAUGAAUUUAGACAAACUUCAGAGAGCCCUGCAAGAGAGGCAGGAGCUGGGAAAACCCACCCAGUCAACCACCAAAUCCAGCAGCAGUCAGUCCACUGCGUCAUCUGGAACAAACGGACAAGUUCACCAAGAGCUCCACGGCAACCUCUGCCGCCUCUACAAGGUCUUCAGUGAUCACCAUCAGAGGAUCUCUGAUCUCCAGGCUUCCCUACAAGAAGAGAGGGGCCGCAGAGAGGAGAGCGAGGUCCACAGGACAGUGCAGGAUGCCAAGGGUUUACUACCAAGUGUCCAGGUUGAACUGGAGACCCUCCAUAAGGCACUGAGGGAGAAGAGGAAAGCGUGUAAAAGCCUGGAGGAGAAACUGGCCACUGCGCUUACCUCGCCAGAAACUGCACGGAAAGCUCUGGAGCAGGAUGACAAAGGCGUGCAGGUGGAUUUGCAGGACCUGGGUUACGAAACCAGUGGCAAGAGUGAGAACGAUAGGGAAGAGAGCAGUAGCACAGAUCUAGAGGUUGGUGUGAACCCUAGUUGCAGCGCCUCUAGCCUGCCUUCCCAUCACGAGCAGACCACCUUCUCCUCUACCGAGAACCUGGACUCAACCUCCAGCACCCCGUACCCUAGUUCCCCAGCUCUCAGCUCAGCCAAGGUCAGUCUGAAAAGCCUGCAUGUCUAUGACGAGUACGGUGUUUCUAAGGACCCGCUGCAGCUUCAGGGACAAGUCAGAGAGCUGAAGUUCCAUCUGGAAAACCAGACCAAACUCAUCCUCCAAAUGCAAAGUCUUCUGCGUAGGAACUCUCUCUCCAGUGACCUAGUCACCAACACCUCUGAUCCCACGACCGUCAAGGAUCAAGAAGGGACACAGCGGGAGGACCGUAGCCCAGAUAGGAGCUACAGAGGUGGGCAGCUCAGGGAGAAAAAGGAGGGGGAGAACCAGGCGAUGAAUGAUAAGACAAGCUCUCUGAAUAUGGAACUGGAAAGAGAAAGGACGCUGAACAGAAGCAUGAGCGAACAGCUGCAGCAGACCCGCAGCCGCUCCACAUCGCCUGCAAGACUGGACUCUUUGGUGCAGUCGCAGGCCAGGGAGCUGUCGCAACUGAGGCAGCAGAUCAAGGAGAGCCGCAGGCUAGGAGCCCUGCAGCGACGGCAGCUCGACGAGCUGAACAAGGCCUUCAAGGAGCUGCUGCAGGCUGGCGAAGUUGACUACUACAUGGGGGAGGCGGUCAAAGAGCAGCUGGACAAGAGCCUGAGCAUUCUGGACAGGCUUGAAGGACGGCUGGACAAAGGAGAGUCUCGUCUGGUUAAUGAGGACGCGGUGGCCCUGGAACUGUCUCGGAGGUUGACGAAAGAGCUGCAGGAGAAGAACCGUCUGAUCCAGAGUCUGCAGAGCCCGUUCAGAGGCAAAGGCCCCAGCAGCCAACACAGCUCCCACUCUGAUCUGUGCCACUCAGACAGGACCUCCUCCUCCUGCCACAGCAGCCCGACCACGCAAAGUGGCAAUCAAGCCGACAGCCACCGACACCGUUCUGAUUGGACAGGAACGGAUGUCCCUCCCGUAGGAGGAGCUCAAGAGGACGCUGCGUCCGGUCACAGGGACGCUGCCAGCAGACUGCAGAGGGAGAACGGCCGACUACAGGAUCAGCUGAGGGGCAGCGAGGACCUCAACGCCACCCUGCGAAGUGAACUGGACCUACACCGCUCAAUUAUGGCCCAGACCAGCUCCCACCAUCAGGAACAGGAUCACGACCAAGACAGAUCAGGGCCUCGGGCUCUGUCUCAUAAAGGAGAUGGAGACAUUGGCUCACAGAAGAAUGCUGCCGAACAGCCUCGCACUAUGAACUCAGACUUGCUGGCAGAACAUCUGCAGGAGAUCCGCAUGUUGCGACAGCGCCUGGAAGAGAGCAUCAACACCAACGACCGACUCAGGGAGCAGCUGGAGAAGAGACUAGCAGAGGUGGAGAAAGAUCCAGCAGCCACCAACAUCUUCAUCCAUGGUAACGAGGAGCAGGGUCAGCUGGCCAAUGAGGUGCGAUUCCUCUGGGGACAAAACAAAGUCCUGAAGGACCAGCUCAGCCUCGUGUCUAAAGACAAGCAGAAGGAGCGCGACAAGCUUCGGGAGACUCUGGCCAGGCGGACGGCUAAGCUGGAGCAGAGCAGGAGGGAGUGUGAAGCUCUAAUGCAAGAAAACAACCAACUGCAGGAGAGGCUGGAGCACAGCAGCCAAGAAAACUCCCAGUUGCAGGAGUCUGUGCACAGGUUGCAGUGUGAGGUGAAACUACAGAUGCAGCAGCUGUCUGACUCCCAGCAUCUUCUGCAGUCACUGCGGGUGGAGCUGCAAGUUUAUGAAAAGAUCAAGACCGAAGCUCACAAACACAACGCAGAAUCCAGCGAGGCGACCCGGCAGCUCGGCUCUGUCCCGUCCUCUGGCACUGUGGACCUGGGAGAGCUGCUGUUGGAGAUCAGACACCUGAGGCUGCAGCUGGAGAGGAGCAUCCAGACCAACACGGCACUGCGACAGAGACUGGAGGAGCAGCUGCUCAGAGGACCCAACCGCUCUGAAACCAUUAACAUCAACUACUUGCUGUCCUCUCCAGAUGAAGGAGGCAAGUCACCAGGUCGGGAAGGCUGCGAUCCUCUCUGUCACUCAUUUCAGAGUCACCACGAACACACCAGUGUCCUCCCUGAGGAGAAAUGCCGCCGUGCUCACUCCGAGGUGGACGGUGGGUCAUUCAGCAGCAGCUCUGGUGACAGCGGCUCUAGCGCUCCCUCUCGCCUGGUGCCGGGCCACCGGAUAUGGGCCAAUCGCAACGGGCGGCAUAUUUUGGGUCUGAUUGAGGACUACAACGCCCUCCGCAAGCAGAUCUCAGAAGGACGUAAAGUGUCGCGCAGCAUGGACAAACAACUGCAGGACAGUCUGCACACACUCAAACAGCAGGCCUCCGACAACAAGGUGAUGGAACAGCAGCAUCUGAAGAGUUUGUCCGGCAGCUUGAACACCAUGCAGCACGUUUUAGAAGAGGCUGGUCGGAUGCUCAAACUGGUUUGGAGAGUCUCUUUGCCAGCUGGUCACACGGCAGGGGACGUAUUCAACAACCAGCAGGAUGAGCUGCUGAAGAAUGAGAUCGCCAGACUGAAGAGCAGGCUGUCGCAGCAGGAGAGGAUGCUGAGUGGAGCCGUUAAGCGCCUCCGGACCACCAACCAGCUCAAGGAGGGAAUGGAAAGAGUCAUCAUCGAUCAGUUGUAUCUCACCCACGGAGUGUUGAAGAAAGCCAGGGGGAAUUUAGAGACAAAUUACUGCACCCUCUUUGGCCUGACAGGCCCGUCUGGAGGACCAGACGAAGGAGGUCCCAGUCAGUGGCCAGUAGGGGACACCGCAGAGCCUCCGCCUGAGCAGAUAAGUGUUCCUGUUACUCGAAGAACUGCAGGCAGACACUCCGAGUCCUCAGAGGAUCACAAAAGCGACGCCUCUUUACACCGCAGCUACUAAAUCUGCCGUUUGAUAAUGUAGCUACCUAAUGUUCAUCAGGCCUUAUCCCGCCUUUCUGUCCUGCUGUAAAACUGUCACCUUAGUCUCCCCAUAUCAAAGCCUUUUUGUACUACUGCACCUGACCUGCAUAGAGUUUGAUUUAUUUUAGGUACUGAAGUUGUAAAAGUUCCUUUCUUUUAAAAGAAAAUGCCUUUUGUAAAUGGUAAUUACUGCAAUUUAAAUAUUUUCCUUUAUUGUUUUUAUAUUAUGCAUAUAAGAACAUAAGUGUAUUUUAUUACAGACGUUUUGUUUUUACCUUUUUGUUUCAUCGGUCGGUUCAUGUAUCGGAUGGUUCUGGACUUCCGUGUGUUCAGUGAAAUUAUGUGCAAAUGCAGUAAAGAAAAGAAUUUAAUGAUGAAAC